AUGAAAUGGGCCGGCAUUCAGCAAGCUCUGUCACACCGCUCAACGGUCAGCCUGCAAAACCGAUGGGCCAAACACCUAUCUCCUGGAGGAGGUCGGGACAGGUCCCUGUUCACCAAAGACGAAGACCGACUGAUCGCAGAGCUACGCGCCAACCGAGUAGGAUGGCCGGAGAUCCAGCGCAAGCUGCCGCACAGAACUAGAGCGACGCUCGUCACCAGAUGGUCCCGGUUCAUUCGUCCUCAGCUAAAGAUUCGGAAGACGGGGACGCGUAUGUUCAACGGUCGUUCAACAUCGGACUUCACGCCGGAGGAAGACGCCAGACUGCUACGUUUGAAGAGCCAAGGCACGAAGUGGCGUCUCAUCGCCAGUCAAUUUCCACCACGUUCUGCGUACCAUCUGCAGGCGCGUCUUUACAAGCUGAAGCUCAUAAGUUCAUACGAUACGGCUCGCUCCAAUGCACGCUCUUCCGAGCCACCCUGGUCAGGACAGGAAGAAGCUCAACUUCUCCGUCUGCGGGACGAAGAAAGGCUGAGCUGGCCCGAAGUCAUGCGCCACUUCCCUACGCGUCGCCAUCGCAAGGUACAAGCCCAUUAUCGGAAGCUCCAGAGCCUCCCCGCCAAACACAAAAACCCCUACAGCGAUGUCGAGGACGAGGCGUUGGUGCGGCUGAAGGCAGUGAAUCAGAGCUGGGCGCAGAUCGCCAAUGAUAUUCCUGGCCGGUCGGAAAGCAGCUUGCAGCAGCGUUAUAGGUAUCGGCUGGACAGGGCGAGAUACUGGGCCGAGUAUGAGAGAUUGCCGGAAGUGGCGAGGAGUAGCGCGGGCGUGGAGGAGCGCACGGGGUCGAAGCCAGAGCAGGCUGGAGCUGUAGUCUAA